GUCGGACAAGCUCACAGCCAAGCAAACCUCAUGCGCCUCAAAAGUGACCUUUUUAAUAGGUCCCCGAUGUACCCAGGCCCCACCAAGGACGACCCUCUGACCGUGACCUUAGGGUUCACCCUCCAGGACAUUGUCAAGGUCGACUCAUCCACGAACGAGGUGGACCUAGUCUACUACGAGCAGCAGAGAUGGAAGCUCAACAGUCUCAUGUGGGAUCCAAACGAGUACGGUAACAUCACCGACUUCAGGACGUCUGCGGCAGACAUCUGGACACCUGACAUCACUGCGUACAGUUCUACAAGACCUGUACAGGUCCUAUCCCCGCAGAUUGCUGUUGUCACCCACGACGGCUCUGUUAUGUUUAUUCCUGCCCAACGCCUCAGCUUCAUGUGUGACCCGACUGGGGUAGACAGCGAGGAGGGGGUUACGUGUGCCGUGAAAUUUGGCUCUUGGGUAUACAGCGGGUUUGAAAUAGACCUGAAAACGGACACAGACCAAGUGGAUCUCAGCUCGUAUUACGCAAGCUCCAAGUACGAGAUUCUGUCAGCUACUCAGACCCGGCAAGUUCAGCACUACUCAUGUUGCCCCGAGCCCUAUAUAGAUGUCAAUCUCGUUGUCAAGUUUCGCGAGAGGCGGGCAGGGAAUGGCUUCUUCAGGAAUCUCUUUGACUAAGUCCAUUUUCCUGUUAAGUUUUCAAAGAUGAGUGCAAAUUUCUAUUGUCGCUUUGUGCCCUUAGUCUAGAGUAAACUAUUUGCUUUAUUGCAUCUCUUCAACUGAGACCGAGAAGUGGAUAUGUCGACCAUGUUGGCCAAAUGCCAGUCAGGUUUUUUUGUUUUUUCCCUCUUUUUUCUUUUUCAUAGAUGAAUGCAGGUGAUUUCCAUCCUGUCUGAAAAUCAUUAACGAUUCCAUCAGAAUUUUGGCCACAACUGCAGUUUACAAAAUGUCUAUGUCUCUGUGUUUCACGCGUGGAUCAAAAUCUUGCAACAGACGAUCAUUUACCGACGUCUGUGGUGUAGCGGUUUGGCGUUUCGCCGUCGCACACAGAAGAUUCAAGUUUGCUUCUCGAGUUUGGAGAGUAUUGCAGCUUUCUGUUAGAACGUUUUUUCCCUCUCAGUUCAGCCCGGAUUGGCCUGCCUGGUAACGCUGAUGCCUUCCUCUUAAAUGAUGUAAUUCUUUUUAAUGGGCUUAAAAAAUUUACAUUAUAAGACAAAAGAAAAACAGAAUAUAGUAAGAUUAUGGAACAUAUCCAUAUUUUGUUUGCGAAGCAAAGAUAUCAGUUAUUGCCAUCUCUCUCUCUCUCUCUCUCUCUCUCUCUCUCUCUCUCAGCUGUCGAGGUUCUAGAACGAGUCUCCAGAUAUGAAUAACUCAUAAUCUAAUUCUUCAUUAACCAGCCUCCUAUUUUGUCAAACAAUUUUCCCCGAAAAGGGAACAAUAAA